GCAGCAUACAAGCCACAAAUGAAUGGUGCAUUUUUUUUUCAUUGAAAAAAAAAACUUGAUCGAUUCUUUCUCUUGUCAUCAUGUCCAUUCAACAAGACCAACAUUUGCAUGAAGACUCAGUACCCAGUGCAGAACCUUUAGAAGUUCCUGCCUUCUUGGGCAUGACUGAGCAACAAUCACGUCUACUUGUUGCUCUCUACAAUGAAACUGAUCCCGAAUUUGCAAAGCAGAUGCCUACAGCUUUACCUAUUGCAGCACAACAACUCGCUACUGAAUACGAGAAGCGUAACAAUGUUGGCAAAAAGCUUGAGCGUGCCAAUGUCAAAUGGUCAGACGAAUAUAAAUUAUUUGAUAGUAUUCAACAUGAAGCUGUUGAAAAGCUAUCUACUACUGAAAUGAACAUUGAUAAAGCUGCAGAAGGACUUCAAUUAGAUGAAGAUCAAGAUUCUAGUAUUCAUGAUUUGGUUAUGGGCAGUUUGCUCUAUGGCGGUAUUCGCCGUGAACCCUCUGGACCCAAUGACCGUGCUUCCAUGAGUCCUGCUGCUAGUCCCAACUUUGAAGGAGCCAAGCGUUUAUUAGAACGUGCAUUUGAAAAGGGCUAUACAAUGGCUGCUGUCCAAAUUGGAUCUCUUUAUAUGCAAGAAGAAAAAUUAGCUGGUGGUGCUAAUUUAUCAGGUCAAUCCGCUAAGGGAUUGGCUUAUGAAUGGUAUCAAAAAGCAGCUGAUGCUUCUAAUCCUAUGGCAUGUCAUAAAUUAGGUUUCUUUUUAGAGAAUGGCAUUGGUUGUGAAAAGAAUAUCGAAGAAGCCAUUGAGUAUUAUGAAAAAGCCUAUCAAGAAGGUUAUCCCGAUUCUGCUCAUAACCUAGGUAUUAUCUAUCAAGGCUUUGCUCAGGAUACUUCGGCAUUUAAGGAUAUCAAGAAGGCCAUCGAAUAUUUCGAACGAGCUAAACAGUGGGGAUUCUCCGCAUCAUGUAAUGCACUCGGCAGAAUGUAUUUGCUCAUGUCAAAAAAUGCCGAGUUGGCUAAAGAAGCAGGAAACCCAGGUAGUGAACCAGAAGACUACAUCGUAACUGGUAUUGAGUUAAUGGAGGACGCAGCUAACAAUGGUGACGCAGAUGCCAUGAUGAUGCUCGGACUCAUUUUUGGCUCAAAAGAUUAUGGUCUUUAUGAUAUGGAUAAGGCUCAAAAUUACAUGGAACUUGCCCUUGUUCGUGGUGAUUUAGAAGCUUAUAAUUACCUUGUUCGUAUCUUGAGAGCUAAAAUGGCAGCCCGUGUAGCUCUUGAGAAGGAAAACUAUGAAAACUUUGAGAAACUAAGCCAGGCAGAUCAAGAAAAGCUUAUUCGUCAAUUGGCUAAAGAAGCAGCCCAAGAUAAUAUUUCACAUCGUCAAUGUGCUAAUAUGGACUGCAAUAAAAAGGAAGAAGAGCCUGGAAGUUUCAAACGCUGUGGCCGCUGUCAACGUGUCUCUUACUGUUCUCGAGAAUGUCAAAAGGAGCAUUGGAAGACAGGUCAUAAAGCUGUUUGUAAAGCACCCCAAGAAGAGGAAAAGUAAAAUACCUUUCCACCACAAAAAAUAAGAAGAAGACGAAGAAGAAAAAUGUAUUAUUAUGAUGAUUAAAUAUUGUACACAAAU